AAGGUAAACAGUAGGAUGGUGUCCGGGGAGGCGGGAGGGCACAGCUACCUGGUGGCGUGCUGGCAGCCGAUCCUGGUUCUGAUGUUGGGCACCGUCCUAUCUGGCUCCACCACGGGCUGCCCCUCCCGGUGCGACUGCAAUGCUCAAGAGCGCUCGGUUGUGUGCCAUCGACGAAGACUGACAGCUCUGCCCGAGGGCAUCCCCAUUGAGACAAGGCUACUGGACCUUAGCAAGAACCGUCUGAAAAGCCUCGGGCCUGAGGAGUUCAUCAAUUACCCUCAACUGGAAGAGUUGCAGCUUAACGAAAACACUAUCUCAUCCAUUGAGCCAGGGGCUUUCAGCAACCUCGCCAAUCUGCGAACUCUGGGGCUGCGUAACAACCAGCUGAAGCUCAUUCAGCUGGGAGUAUUCACAGGCCUCAGCAACCUCACACAGCUGGAUAUUAGUGAGAAUAAAAUUGUGAUUCUCCUGGACUAUAUGUUCCAAGAACUGUACAACCUGAGGGCUCUGGAGGUUGGUGACAAUGACUUAGUCUUUAUUUCUCCACGCUCUUUUCAUGGACUCAGCAACCUCGAAAGCCUCAUCAUUGAGAGUUGCAACCUGGCCUCGGUUCCUACUGAUGGCCUCAGCCAACUGCAUAACCUGUUGUCACUUCGGUUACGCAAUCUUAAUGUCAGUGUCAUUAGGGAUUACACCUUCAAGAGGCUGUAUCGUCUCAGAGUGUUGGAGAUCUCUAAUAUGCCUGCCCUGGACACCAUGACCCCAAAAUGCCUGUUUGGACUAAAUAUAACAUCACUGUCUAUCACAAGCUGUAAUCUUACUGCCAUCCCUUACCAAGCCAUACGUCACCUGGGACAUCUUAGAUUUCUUAACCUGUCAUUCAAUCCCAUCCAUACUGUGGAAGGGAACCAGCUGUACAAUAUACAGAAGCUCCAGGCUUUUCAUUUGGUUGGUGGGAGAUUAACCACUAUUGAGCCCUAUUCAUUCCGAGGCCUGAACCACCUUCGCAUCCUAAAUGUAUCCAGCAAUAACUUGAGCACCCUGGAGGAGUCCGUCUUUCACUCGGUAGGGAACCUGGAAACCCUCGCUCUCUAUGAUAACCCUUUAGCCUGCGACUGUCGUCUGCUCUGGGUGUUCCGCAGAAGGUGGAGGCUAAACUUUAAUAGACAGCAGCCUAUGUGUGCUUCACCCGAGGGCGUGCAGGGUAAAGAGUUCAAAGACUUCCCUGAUAUUCUCCCUCCCAAAUAUUUCAUUUGCCAGAAGUCCAAGAUUGUAGACUACAGGGUUCAAGAAAGCCAUGUAGAUGAGGGAACCACAGUCUAUUUCACUUGCCAAGCUGAAGGUGAUCCGGUCCCGGUUAUAAUGUGGCUAUCCCCUAGAAAGGAGUACAUUACUACCAAAACCAUGGGGUCAAGACUUACUGUGUCAAAUGAUGGCACACUGGAGGUGCGAUAUGCCCAAAUCCAGGAUAAUGGCACUUAUCUAUGUAUUGCUAGCAAUGCAGCGGGAAAUGACACUAAACCUGCUCACCUCUUUGUGCAUAGCUACUCUCCCAACUGGCCCCAUCAACCUAACAAAACAUUUGCCUUCAUUUCCAACCAGCCAAGUGAGGAAGGUGCAAAUGUGACCAGGGCCACAGUUCCAUUUCCAUUUGAUGUAAAGACUCUUGUCAUUGCCACCACCAUGGGAUUCAUCUCUUUCCUGGGAGUUGUCCUUUUCUGUCUUGUUAUCCUUUUUCUCUGGAGUAGGGGAAAAGGGAACGCAAAGUCAAACAUAGAGGUUGAAUACGUGCCAAGAAAGGAGGAGGUGGAUGAGGCUAGUCCGACUGAGGCACCAUUGAAGUUCAACAUUAAAGUCAUGUAA